GAGAAGCCGCACCGAGGAGCAACAACCACACCGAGGAACAAGCAGGGACCAAUAGGGUCAGACCAAUGCCGGAAAGGGAGCUAGGUGCAUCUUCGACCCAACAGCAAACGCGACUCAAGCCACAGAGAUUACCUUCAUCCAAUAUGGAUGACAAAAAAGGAAUCCAUAAAAUAGUCAAAAGGAGAAGGGCAUUGAGGCAAGAUGACGCACAGCAAGUGGCAAAACUCGUAUCCCUAUCUUUCCCAGAUAAACGUAGGCAGAGAGAACGGAAAAGGAGAGGUCAUAUACGGAAAAUGGGACGCGUUAAAGAUCGUGAAGACCAAGCGGGACCGAAUGAAAAUUACGUUAAUUGGCUUUCUCGAAGCUCGAAAACCUUUCCAAUACACCCGCCUUUGUCACGAAAAGGAGAAGAACCCAACCAGCAUAGUCGUCUAUGUCUACGGAAUUGUAACUGGCAUUUCGUAAACGACCCUCUAGAAACCAACAAAAUGCGCCCGUCGAUAAAUACCGAGUUGAAGAAGACUCUGCACUGGCAAGGAGCCCAUAAUAGUCAUCUUAAAGUCUAUUCUGAGCCUUUGAAAGGUCAAGAAACCCGCUUUAUGGAACGUGGUCCAAUGGACCCUAUCUCUCGUCAUCAUACUGGGUCCAGAAAUCUUACCCCAGACAUGCCACCAGAGGACGAGCUACCAGCAGAAAAACUUUAUUCAAACUAUCCCGAUUCAGAUGAGGUGUAUACCUGCCAACUCGUCUGCAUUCUGAAAAAUAUAUUCAACUCCAAAUCACGAAUCCAAUGGUCAUUUAUGGAGGUGAUGCGUCCUUCGAACAUGGACGGGUGGCGACUCAUGAACUACAGAGAUCUCAAACGCUGGGAUAUUCGUCGAGCAAGUGGAAACAUGACGUACAACGACGAAUCUCAGGAUAGCGACAUUUGGUCUUCCAACUCUUUGGCGCAAUUUUUGUCUAUAACCUUUCAUUCGUGGGUGGAUGAUUCAUUGGAAUCAUAUUACGUAGACCAAGAACUCAGUACGCGAACGAAAUUAGCCUCCUUAUUCGCCUCUAUCAUGCAGACCGACGUCACGAGGGCUCAUUGGUAUGACAUUCUCAACUCUCCUUCUCGAAAGUCUAAUCUAAUUCCUGGUAGCCUAGAACGACCUCUACCUCCUUCAGUACUGAUUGCUUGUAACCAUCCUGUGUUUUCGGAUAUGGUGGCAACCCCUAAUGAAGAAGUCCUGCCUUGGAAUUGCGAUGAUCCCAUCGUAUUCUUCGCCGCUCAAUACCGGAGUGUGACUCCCUCGCGGUGGGCAAGGGUCAACUUUCCAAAGCUAAGCGAGCCGUGGAAAGUUGACCUUUGCCCACCGUACCUACGAGGAGCGGCACCCUCCUCAUACAAGACCAGAGUUGAGAGACAGCUUAGCCCAAAAUGUGUCGUCAUUGUCACCACAAAGAGGAAGCCACGCCGAAAAGCAACAAGCACACCAAAGAACAAACAGGUACCAAAACGCUCGGACCAAUGCCAGAAAUUGCCUCUUUCCAAGAUCAAGGGUUCGGCUGCAAGGCAGUCACGUUAUAUGCCAGGAGAGUGGAUGAGAGGUGCAUCUUCUAUCCGACUCCAGACGCCAGAAAGAGCACAGAAAACAUCGUCAUAUAGCCUAUAUGAUAACAGAGAGGUCCAUGAAAUAGCCAAAAAGAGACUGAUUUGGAAGCAAGACGACAAGUGGCGAGUGGCAAAUCUCAUAUCCUCAACCCUCCCAGAUAAACCCAAGCAAAGAAAACGAAAAAGGAGAGGUUAUAUACGAAAAUUAGAAUGUGGUGAAGACCAAGCAGCGUCGAAUGAAAAUUACGUUAAUUGGCUUUCUCGAAGCUCGAAAACCUUUCCGCCUUUGUCACGAAAAGGAGAAGAACCCAGCCAGCACAGCCAUGUCUUCAAAACUGUAACUGGCUUUUCGCAAAAGACCCUCUACAAACCAACAGACCGCUCCCCUCGAAGACCACUGAACUGGGGAAGACUUCGGAUUGGCGAGCAUCCUGGAAUAGUCAUGUUGAGCCGUUUAAGGGCCAAGAAACUCGCUUUAUGGAGCGUGGUCCAAUGGAACCUGAGUCUCGUCAUCAUACUGGGUCCAGGAAUCUUACCCCAGGCAUGUCACCAGGGGAGGACCUACCAGGAGAAGAUCUCUGUUCAGGUGAUUCCGAAUCAGAUGGGCGAUGUGAUGCGUCCUUCAAACACGACAUGGUGGCGAUUUAUGAACCACAGAGAUAUCAAACGCUGGGACAGUCGUCGAGCAAGUGGAAACAUGGUGUAUAAUGACGAAUCUCCAGACAGUGACAUCUGGUCCUCCAACUCUUUGGCGCAAUUCCUGUUUACAGUCAGUUAUUCCUGGUGGGGUCAUUCAUUACAAUCACAUUACGUGAAACAAGAGCUCAGUACGCGAAUGAGAUUAGCCUCCUUGUUCGCCUCUAUCAUGAAGACUGAUAUCACGAGGACUCAUUGGUACGGCAUUCUCAACUCUCCUUUUCGAAACACUAAUCUAAUUUCUGGCAGCCUAGAACGACCUCUACCUCCUUCAGUACUGACUGCUUGUAACCAUCCCGUGUUUUCGGAUGUGGUCGCAACCCCUAAUGAAGCAGUCCUGCCUUGGGGUUAUGACGGCCCCAUCGUACUCUUCGCUGCCCAGUACCGGAGUGGUGAUCUUGACGAUGGUGUUACUCAACUCGCCCAUAGUCUUCAGUCAGGCAUAAAUAUCCUAAUUCUCUACUAUCUCGAAACUCGUCAUGACACCGAUCAGUUCCUUCCAAACUGGAUGUAUCUUUACGGUAUAGUCUAUUUUGAAUCGGGCUUUCGAGUAUAUACCCACUACCCCCUAUAUCAGGCCGAACUUAGCACCGGCUCAGGCGUGGGUGGCUGGUCGGCACGCUCGAGUUAUGUAGAUUACGAUCUAACUCACAUUUUCGAACCGUAUACUUAUGAGCGGGAAAUGGCAAUCGCAGCAUUGCUAAGGAUCCAAAGUCACAUGCGAUUUGUCUUGAAUCGUCUCAGGGGAUGGGAUGGAGUAGUGCAGCAAUUUAAUGCGAUAGAAUAG